CUUGGCCUUACUGCAGCAUCUGACUGAUCUCUGAUAUCCGUGAAGAUGAUGACUGAAGAGUGGUUGUGCAGUAAUCUGAAACUUUGUCAGCUAGCCACUGAUACAGAUACUGAACCAUCUAAUGAUGGGAAUUCAGAAGAUGUGGUGAUUAAUAUUCAGAAACAGCCGGAACUUGAUUACGACCACUCAUCUGUCUUCAGUACACUAAAGGCCUAUAGCGAUGCCUUAUAUGAAGCCUGGGGUAGAAGGUCAAAUUUCAACAAGCAACGCAGAGAUCAGAAUAUUUUGGAACCCAGUCAUUUACAAGCGGACGUUCUUGACCAUUAUGCUGAGAUGUUAUGUGGAGAUAUACUGGACGUGGCUUUGAGGAGAAGAGGUGCCCAGUCCACUGACGAUGGCAUGGGGUGUCCGCCUGAUAAAACAGAUAACAAGCAGUCCGAAGUGAUCAGGCUAACCAUGAGUAAUCAGGAAGGGCAAGCUAUGAGACUAGCAUCUGAGAUUUAUAGCAGGGCACUGGAAGAGAUAGCCACGCAUAACAGCCUUACAGGCAGCAGGUUGGGAGAGCUAUCGAAUGUCAUGCUGCCAAAACACAUGGAUCAAACAGACUCCAUUAGUGAAGUCCACAGUGAGCCUGCGCAAUGCAUUUGCUCUUCUGCAUGCCAGCCUGGAAUGGAAGUAGACACCAAGAAGAUGGAUGAUCAUGACAGGACACACAGCCAUGACAGGCCUAUUUACGAUGCAUGUUCCAGAGACCAGACCUCUGGUUCUGCCAUAUACUACCACCCUCUGAAUGGUAUGGCCUCAAUGGGCUCGCUUGACUACCCCGAUGCACCCCCGAGUACUCCCCUACUCCCAGGAAUGAUGAGGAGCAGGGAUAGUUUCACCCGAAAGCUAAAAGGAGGACUUGCCAAGGAGUUCAUGCCCUCCCCACCUCCUCCGACCCCUAAAGACCAACAGGCCGAAUCCCUGCUGGAGGACAAGAUGGCCGAAACCGCCACAAACAAUUCAGAGUUUGUGGUUCGGCUCAUGCGUUCACUCACAGUGGCAUGCGCACAGUGUGGAGACUUGGAUGAGGAAGAGCAGGGGAUUAGAGAUGAAGGCAGGUUUCAGACUGGGAUUUCCAUGCUGUCAGACUAUGCAGCCAGGCUCUCUGCAGAUAUCAUCCACUGCAUCACUACAACCCAGCCAUGUGUCAAUAUAAAGGAAGGAACACCUAUCAGAGAUGUGCACUUCCUAGCUGACCACUUGGCAGAGGAAAUUCUAUUAAUGUCUAUAGCAGAAGUGAUAGGCAGCAAGGGACUAGAUGGAAAAGUAGAGGAAAACAGUCCCAGCUUCUAUGCAGAAGAACAAAUGCCAGAUGCAGAGAAUAGGACCCAAGUGCCUGGUAAUGCACUGGUGCCAAGAUCGAGUCCAGAUGUCCCUGCUAUGGAGGUACUGAGAGACUUCUCUGGCAAACUAGUCACCAACAUUCUGGCUCAGUCUUUCUCUGAACUGGGAGUGUGUGCAUUACAAUACUCCCCGAGUACAGCAGCAGAACCAGUGGGGGGUGCUGUAGGGAGUAAUCUGUACCCCAGUUCUUGUCUGGAUACGACAAAGUGUCAUCAAAUCACAGUUCUUGACUCUGUUUCCUGGGAAUUAUUGCGUGAUUACAUCACAGAUGAUAGCAGAGCUGCAACGCUGACAGCAGAAUGUUCUUUUGCUGAGAGCACCGUAGACGAAGUUCUUCAGUGCUCCAUACAAGAACCUUGCGCGUCUCCUCUAAGAUAUCAGAUUAUUUCAGAUAGAUUCAGUUCAUCGCCUCUUCAUCCAAGGACCUCAGAACAUACCGUGAUGAAGGGCAUUUUAUCUGACACAUGGCACUAUGAGCUACAGGAGCUACAGUGCAUCCUGCUCUGGGUUGCAGCAUCCCACAUGGGAGUGUCGGUGUUGCGACUUCAUCUCCCUGAAGGUCACGUUCAGCAGCAGCUCUGCAGCCUUUCCUUGCGGGCCCGGUUUCGUGGCUGGACAGCGGGGGACCUGAUGGGAUCUCUCCUCCAGUACUAUGAGGAUCUACAGGCAGCCAGCAGAGGGCACUGUAAGAGUUCUGGCUCUCUCCUGGGGCAUCUACUGUUGUGUGUAAACUGAGCUAAACCUCACAGAAUCAGCGUUUUGAUUGCGUGCUGAUUCUGCUCAAUUGAUCCUGUAGCAGAACCUUUUAAAGUGACUGGGUUUGAAAGCAUCAAUCACAAAAGCCUACAGCUGAAUGUCAUUACAAUUCAUUUUGCGUGAAAUGCUUGUAUCUGAAGAGCAUUCAAGCUGAAACCGUUUUCUGCAGCUACGGAUUAUUGUGUUGUAGAUAGAGCAAAGACUGACACAUAGAUUAGACAGUAUUGAAUGUUGUUCUGAAAUCUGCAAGUUAGAAAAUGAACAUUAUUAUAUCUUGCUGAUUUGCCAGUGUGUCCAGUGUACCCUGACCGUGUGACCGUCACUAACCUUUGUGCUUCAUGACCUGUGUAUUGUGUUGCAUUCACUGAAUGUCCUGCUUCUUCUCUGCUCAUCUCACACUGUUAAAUUGUGUAUUUGUACUUGAGAGUCCUGUAUUGUAUCAUUGUUGCACCUUGGUCCAAAAAAAAAGAAGCAGCAUCUUGUUGCAAUAUAUACAAAGUAUAUGGAGAGAAUGACAAUAAAACCUGAAGUUGAAAAAUGAUAGAAUUGCAUCAGGCAGUGAGCAGAGAAUUCUAGCUAAGUUGACCCAGAAACAGUUUUCCUACCCAAUACCCCAAAUCUCUGACUACUUCUAGUAUUAUAGCAGACAGACUGAGCUUAAUGUAACACCACGUGGACGCAUAAUUGUGAAGAAAGGAGUCGAGGGUUGUGACUCGAUGAAGAUCUCUCCCAAUCACAGCCACCCGUACAACCCCCAUCUAACACUAAUAAAGAGCAACAGAACAAUGAUGAAAUAAUGCAAUACAGAUGGUUCGAACUCAGUCGUAACCAAUUCCAUUUUAGCACGUUAAUAUGAAUUGAGGACACACUGACAUAUCUGGCUCACAGUCUGAUUUUCUAGGAUCAGCCCCUCCAAAGCAAACCGUGAGCUUGACCGCAACAAACAAAAAGCUGAAACUGAUCUUGGAUCGGGGUAAAAGGGCAACCUCGGCCAGCACUCCACUGACACAUUCUUGGAAAUAAAUCCUCAGUAUUGUGUCAGCAAAUAUUCUUCCAUUUAUCAGCAUAAUGAAGAAUCGUGGUUAGGAUAAACAUGAAAAAGGGGGAUGCCGAAGUAGAGUACGACACCAUCACGUCCCACUUGGUGAUUGAAAGGGCUGUUAUGUAUGGUGCUUUGGAGACUGGAAAAGCAGACUUUUACAGCAUCCCAUUAAUACUCCCAGAGCACAGAUACCUAACGUGGCAGGAAUGCGCUGUAGUGAACUCCUGCUUCCCACUCUCUCCCACUCUUGGCGACCACUGCUCGACGUAACAAUACAACACACGUGCACGCGUGCACACAAAGGGUGCUGACAACGCAGCUGCGGUGCAGAGGAGACACAAUGGGUUUCAGUCCGCCCCUCUUACAGCAUCUGGAGAAGGAUUUGUUCCAGUGUCCAAGGGAGUUCCACUGCCACAAAAGAGAAGGAGCAAGCAGGGAUGGGAGCCCACAGGGAGAGACAUGGAGAGGGGUGAGGAGGGGACUGGUGAUUACAACAGCUAAGAUGUACGGGCCCGACUGGAUCGUGGGGUCUGGAAAGUCUCCCAGUGCUGAUAGCCCCGCUUUUCUCGAGGGCGACAACACGUCGAUUUAUUUUCCUCUUGCAAGAGCCAGGAAUAUGCACCAGGGCAUCCCCCCACCAGAGCACGCCAGCCACAUGGGUCUUUGUGAACACACACCUUCACACACUGCCUGUCAAUCAGGUGCUGCGAUACACUUCAUUUGGGCCGGUGAUGAUGGACGCAGAGAACAGUUGUAUUUAUAUGAUACAGUAAUUGUACAGGUGAUGGAAAGAGUCCAAAAUAAUCUAUAAGAUGAAAUAAAUAUUGCUAAAUAA